AUGGAAUUAUGUUUCGUGCUAACGGAUAUAGCAUUCGCCCUGAAGCCUAGAAGGCUGUUAGACUAUGACAUCACAUUUACGAUUACCGCAAAGGAAGAGAAGCAGAUGAACGAACUGAAGAUUGAACCACCAGACCACUUAUUCCGCAUCCCCCGCUUCCACAUCAAAGACGCAUCUCAGGUCCGGGUGUUUGAAACGAAGGGUUCACUAGAGACAACUAUGGCCCAAAGUAGUUUUACGGAGACAUCCAUCGAUGCAGCUAUUGCGGGAACGGCGUUUGGAUUUAGCGGUGCUGCCAAGGGAGGUGAGAGAGGGAGUAAUGAUGAGAAGAGUGCAAGUUCCAGAUUCAACGACACAAAUUACAUGCAUGUUGUCUAUGAUUUCCCUCGUGUGGAGCUGAUUCUGAAUGAGGAAACCCUCGAACUAAGCAAUGAAUGUCAAGCGGACAUUUAUAAUCUGCGACACAGACGUACCCUCGAUGAGCUGCACCACUUUCAAAAGCGAUAUGGUAUAUUCUUCACACGCAGUGUCCAUCUCGGCGGCAAAUUAGUUUCUAUCGAUGAAUCGGACUCUGUGGCUGGGACUAGCGUGAGUGAGAAAACCAAGAUGCUCAAGGCAGCAGCUAGUGCGUCGGUGUCUGGGCAUGGGUUUCAAGCAGAGGUCAACUACAGCAAUACAGAGAAUACUGGUGAUAAGAAGACUUCAACAGAGAAGAAAAUGACGCAUUCUAUGUCUUGGUCGGCUGAGGGAGGAGACACAACUCUUUGCAAUAAUCCACCGAAAUGGUGUCCCACUGUGACUUCCUUCUACAACUGGCGAGUGAUGAAGCAAGCCGACGUUAUCAACAUAUACGAAUUAAUCGGCAAAUUCCUCGGCUACGAAGAUAUCCCAACUCUAGUCCAGAACAUCCUCCAUAUUAAUGCAGACCUAACAAACCUUGUCGGGUUUUCGCUUGAGCUGCCGCCUGAUAAUGCCAAGUACGGUUAUAAGAGACUUUACUUUGGCCAGCCAGAAGAAAAACAUAUCGCCCAGUCACAUAUGGUUCCAGCUUUGACAGAUCCUCAUUCCCUCCUGCCGCACGGGAAGGAGUUUAUUUCGGACGUGACCCUCAAACCGAUGACUAAAAAUAUUCGCCCAUACGGCACUGCGUUUGGGAUUCCCAUGAGUGAGGGCCAGGAAAACAUUUGGCUGGGUAAGAGCACAAAGGACGGCGAAGAAGGCGUAAUUUACCCUCGGUUCAAACAUGGCGUUAAAUACCCCAUCCAGUACCUAGUCGAAGAAGGACAGGACAACGAAAAGACCACCUCAUUGUUUACUCUCCAGAUCGGGGGUGACACAUCCUACAACCGUUUCCUGUACGGAGAACAGGACAAAGCAGCCAAUGUCAUGGUGGAAUUUCUCGGGAAAAAGAACACCCCAGUCAUGGAUUAUAGCCUGGUAACGCUAGAAUUCUCCUACGUCCUCCAAGGCGCCACCAUCCCCCACGUGUCCAACUUCCGAUUCAAAGACAUCGACAACAUGGACAAGCCUGAGUUGGAAAAGCUGAAGCAGAGAAUUAUCAAAGAUCUUCCAAAAGAGCCCCAGGAACCUGAACGGCCUGAAUUUACAUCUCAGGAAGAAGGAACAUUUGGUCCACCAAACUCUAUAUUUGCAUUCGCUUAUAGGAAUUACGCGAGGAUGAAAUCAUGGGAGAAGACGCCGGAGAAAGAAUGGGAUGAGCAUCAGAAAGUCAUGAACGAAUUUGUGUCUUUGCAACAAAUGGUCUUCAAGAUUAAUUACUGCGAUGAGACAAAUAAACAGAAGAUUGUCAUGCAGAGGAAAGCAGCCGCGGCCGCGUUAGCAGCAGCGCAGAAAGCAAAAGCCAACAAGCUCGCUGAAGAGAGCAAGGGCAGGGACUCAGAAGCCAACGCCGCUGCCAUCAAAAAGGAUCGUGACGAAAGGGUUAAAAAACGGAAAGCAUAUAUUUUAAAAUGGAUGCCCUUCAUGACCUCAUAUGGCUGGAGCCCCGGACCUGACUGGGUGGUUUUGAAGCCCAAGUUGGAACGGACAAAAGGCUUAUUGGAUGCAGAAAAGGCAAAAAGGCUGGGUGAGGACAUCCAGAAGAAGGAAGAUGCCCUCACUAUGCUCGCAGAAUAUGAUCUGGAGAUGAGCAGUCCUGAUGCAGUAGCUGCGAUGCGCGAGAGUCCGUUCUGGAAGGCGGCAACGGCCAAGGUCAAGAUUCCCGAGUAG